AUGCCGCUACGGCGUCAUUUACCAACGCUAUACGCGCAUCCAGAGGACGAUGCGCUGGAGAAUGGAGGACAAGACGAAGGGUGGGAGGCCCCAUCUACUUCUCGGUCUUACUAUGCGACUACUUCACGUUCUGUUCCCUCACGCUCUACACCACUCAAACCUUCUCUCCCGACCGACCCAUCGUCCAGUGUAUACUCCCAUUUCUUGAGGAGGUAUCGAUCCACCGUGCCAGAUGACCCACGCAGCGAUCCAGACAGCCAUUACUACGAGAAUGGAUUGGGUCAACUGAACGAUGCUGGGGACAGCGACGACGAAGCUCAGACUUCGUUCAGUGCGGCGGAUCUAUCUGCUCUUGCUUUCGAAUCAGAGGCAAGCCUGCCGGAAUCACGUGGAGAGCGAGAGCAAUGGAGGGCAAUGCUAGCAUCCGUGUUGGCGGGCGAUGUGCUCAAAACAGAGAAGACCAGGAUUGCCACUGUGCUCGAGUCGACGGCAUCAGAAAAAGAGCAGUAUCACAGCAAUGUUUUCAUGGGUAUACGCGCCAAAUUACACGGAACAACGCCAACCGAGAUGCGCUCCAAGCUCGAUGAGCAGCGACUUCGCACCGUGGACAACGUUCUUGACGAAGUGCUGAGUUUCUGUCUUGAGAAAGACACGUCACAUUCUGAAGCCCUCAAGCGAGUAGCAUCUCUACUCCAUCGCUUGGAUUUCGUUCAGUCUCUAUACCCUUCCCUGAAAGCACUAGAAGCUGACAGGCAAAUAUGCAAAGAGGCACAAUUCAUCAAUCGACGCGAUGCCCUCACGACCUGGUUCAAUGUCAUAACAUCGGUCGGCCACCAGAUUUCGCGUCUGCGACGAUGGACUGGAAGCGAAACUCUGGAUGUGAACCAACGCAACACAUCUGCCGAGAAACCAAUAGGCCCCAAUCUAACACGCACAUCCUCUAACGACAUUGCCGACAGUUCGAGUUUUACUGAACGAAUUUUGAAGGAGGACAAUAUGCAACGCAUGUUCGAAGAACGAUUCUUGGUCGUUGUGCACGCCUUUCUGGUCGAAGCACGUCAGUCUCAACUGCUAUACGCGCCUCUUUUCAAAACGAUGAAUCUACCCACUUUCGAACACGAAUUGGUUCCUUUGAUUGCCUUUCCAACACAGUUGUCGCAAGCUGCUUUGCGACUGCGACUCGAAUACGCAGCCAAUCUAAAAGAUCCUGAAGUCAUGAUUAUCGACCAGAUGACUGAGGACCUUAAGAUUAGCAUAGGUUUGGCCUGUCUGAUGAAGAGACAGUACGAAGAAUUCCUCGAGCCAGAUCCCAACGGCAACUGGAAUCUGCCUCGAUGCAUUGCGAACGAUUACGACACCACUAUACUCGACUCCAUGAAGGUCUUCUUCAAAUUAAUUCAUUGGAAGCUGAAAAGCGGUGCCAAGGGAAUCUACUUCAAAGAAACAGAUGUUCUCGAAGCACAGUGGGAUACGUUCAACGACGUCAGCUUCACUGUUUCUCAAGCGUCAUGUCUGAUUGGUGAGGAGUUAUGCUCAACGACCAACAAGUUGAUGGUUCGCGUCACCAAUUAUUUUGAUACUCAGGUGCAAGUUCCGAUGGGUCAAGACUUGGGACACUUGCCCCAAUCUCGUCGACAUAAACGCCACGCGGAGGCAAAUGGGACGGAACGGAUGUCCAGCGAGCAAAUGGUGCAUUGGUAUGGUAAAAUCCUCGACAGCGUCAGGUUACGAUACCGUAAGCUUCAACGCUUCGUCAGAGAAUUGACCCAUCGGCUGAGCAAUGCCGCUGAAUACGAGCUCGAAAACGUGAGGAUGGAACCCUUCAUUCGCACACUGGUGGAAACUGGCCACUUUCUUGUCUACACCGGCACUUACGAGGAGGAAUCGACCUACAUCGUUGCUUCUCCCUCAUUACGGGACAAUCCAGACGCUAUCAUCCGCAUACUCAUGGAGGCUUACAACGUCCAGCUCAAUGAUUCGCGGCCAGGUGGUAACAAGUCCUUUGUCGAAGAUGAUGAGGAGCCUAAAUACCUCUUACUACUCUCGCCCAUCAGCCCGUUCAUCUGGAACGGCCACACCGAAGAACGUCCAGACAUUCCCUACAUCUCUUUCGAGCCAUCAGAAAAUCACGUGCGGCUUGUGGCCGAUGGACCACAGCAACGUUUGACCAUCGCCAAGGACAUGUUUCUGGACAUCUUCCUACUGGAAGAUGAGAACGGUGACACGGUCGACCCGGAGAUCACCAUGCGAUGUAGUGUCGACCAACUUUCCAAUAUCCCCUCUGUUAAUCGUGAACUGCGCAAGAUCGUCCGAGCAACGACCCGUUUGGCUGAAUCAAUCAUCAACUCAGUUGGUUUCGUUCGAAAUGCUCUCAACUCAACUGACGGCAGCCAAGAGCUCCUCGAGAACUGGUAUUCAUUCGCCUCUGACCACGCUCAGCACGCACAGAAGUCCAUGGAACGUUCUGUGAUGGCUCGGUUCGACCGAGCACUGAUAAAGCAUGCCAUCUCCUGGGUGUCCUUCAUUUGUGACGACUGCGAUCCAACUGACCGCCGGACUUUCAAAUGGGCGGUCAACGCUCUGGAGUUCACCUUUGGUCGUAUCAAACGCAACAUCCAACAGCUCCCCGAGGACCAGUUUGUCAUGCUCAGACACAAGGUCGCUCGAUGCAUGACCCUGCUGCAGACGCAUUUCGAUAUACUCGGUGCUCGCUCGAAUAUCGAGGCCAAAAAGGAGAAGGAGCGACAGGCAGCGAUGCUGCUCGCCCAGGUCGAGAACAGCGACAGUGAAGUUCUCGUUGACUUUGACGAGAACUCAGGCACGCGGGCGUUCUGGGAGAAGGCGAGUAAUGCUGUUGCGGACUUGGAGGCAUGUCGGUUGGAAGCGAUCGCAACAGAGCAUCACCAAACUUUUGGUCGUGUUCUCGACAACUCAAAGCCAGAAGAUCGCACCUUGGUGUUCCUUGCCUCGGCUUCGUCCAACGUUUCUAUACGAUGGCAGCAAGUCAAAUUCAUUGGGGCCGGCGCAUUUGGCUCUGUGUACUCUGCGGUUAACCUCGAUAACCUCACCGUCAUGGCAGUCAAGGAGAUCAAGUUCCAAGAGCUGUCGGGGCUUCCCAAUCUUUACGCCCAAAUAAAGGACGAACUGAGCGUGAUGGAGCUGCUCCACCAUCCCAACAUCGUUGAAUACUACGGAAUCGAGGUUCAUCGAGACAAAGUUUACAUUUUCGAGGAAUAUUGCCAGGGCGGCAGUCUGGCUGCGUUGCUGGAACACGGUCGAAUUGAGGACGAAAGCAUUAUCCAAAUAUACACGAUGCAGAUGCUGGAUGGGCUUGCCUACCUACACAGUCAGGGAAUCGUCCACCGCGACAUCAAGCCUGACAAUAUUCUCCUUGACCAUCGGGGCGUGAUUAAAUUCGUCGAUUUCGGCGCAGCCAAGAUCUUGGCGAAGAACCAACGGACACUGCAGCGUUCGCGACGCGCGAUGGACAGCAACAUGCCGCCAGGGCUACAGGGCAACAAGGGGCUGAACCAAAACAGCUUAACCGGCACUCCGAUGUACAUGUCGCCCGAGGUAAUCAAGAACGAGAAACGCGGGCGCCAGGAUGCCAUGGACAUCUGGUCUCUGGGGUGCGUCGUUCUUGAAUUUGCGACGGGUAAAAAACCAUGGAGCAACCUCGACAACGAAUGGGCAAUAAUGUUCCACAUUGCGACGACACAGCAUCCUUCACUGCCAGAACCCGACCAGAUGAGCACACUCGGUGUGGCCUUCAUCAAGCGUUGCUUGACCGUGGAUCCUAUUCGGAGGCCAUCAGCUGAAGAGCUGAAAGAAGAUCUCUGGCUCAGCACCCUCCGCGCAUCCUGGGACACGUUUGAAGCGCCGGCCGACGAAGAGUCUGUCCCCUCUGCUAUUGCACAACAAGCAGUGGAAAUGCACGACUUUGAAGUUGCCGAAAUAUUAAGCGCAUCACCUGUCCCAUCAAGCCCUUCAACUCAGGAAGAAGAGCUUUCUUAG